CAGGCGCAGCGUCGGUUCUGGACAGCAUGAAGGAGAUCCAGUUCACCUGGGUGCUGGUCCUGUGGCUGGCAGCAGCUUCAGCCAGGAGGCUCGAUCACGACUCACGGCUCGUACGAGGAGCUCUACCUGCCCGGCAGCUCAACGGAUACUUCCUUUGGAAAUCGAGGAGACCGAAGAGGGCGCUGCUUCCUGCCGAUGAGCCUGACGACAGCCCGACGCCGAGCGGAGGCGACAGCGCUGAUCUUCCCACCUGCCUGCUGUGUGUCUGCUUGUCCAAGUCGGUGUACUGCGAGGAGGUCAACCCGGACAUGACCACCGUCCCCCCACUGCCUAAAGAAACUGCAUACCUGUACGCCCGCUUCAACAAGAUCAAAAAGAUCAGCAAAAAGGACUUCAGUGACACCGUGACUCUGAAGAGGAUCGACCUGACGGGGAACCUGAUCUCGGAGAUCGACGACGGGGCCUUCUCCAAGCUGACCCUGCUGGAGGAGCUGUCUCUGGCUGAGAACAGACUCGUCAAACUUCCUACGCUCCCAACAAAGCUCACGUCCUUCAACGCAAACAACAACUUCCUGAAAACCAAAGGUGUCAAGGCCAACACCUUCAAGAAACUGACCAAGCUGGCCACCCUGUACCUGGCUGACAACCAACUGGAGGCCGUUCCGUACGUCCCAGAGACUGUGCGGAUCUUACAUUUACAGAACAACAACAUCACUGACGUCAACCAAAACACCUUCUGCCGGUCCAACGACACCUACUAUCUACGACCGAGUCUCUCUGAGGUCCGAAUGGAGGGGAAUCCGGUCGUGCUGUCCAAGUACCCCGACAGCUUCACCUGUAUGAAAGUUCUGCCUGUUGGACGGUACCGCUGACGGGACGCAAACUCUACUGCAGCCCCCAAAAGUACCGAGGGGUGCUGGGACAUCCUGGACUUUAGACAGCUGGUCCCACAGUGGGAAUAAAGACCAUUUACUUCUGUAAACCUGCAGCUUGUUUCAGCGUCGGGUCAAAAAGAAACGAUUAACUGGACAAUUAGUUCCUCUAAAAACAUCCUGGUGUCCUGUAAACCUCCAGCUGCUUCAGCUACUUCAGCUGCUUCAGCUACUUCAGCUGUUUCAGCUGCUUCAGCUGCCUCAUCGGCCGCUUUGGUUUCUGUCAGCAGGAACGUUUCGUGUCGUGACGCUCUUACCGCACAAAUCGAUUUAAAGACAGAAACCUGCGCAAACAUUAAGACGCCAAAAACAUUCGUUCUGUUACAAUUUAAAAACAGACCCCCCCCCAGAAGAAGCCUAACCUCCGUAGAUAUCUGUGAGUUUUGCGUUAUUCCUUAAACGUUUUGGUUUGACUUCCUGAAGAUUUGACCUCUGAAGCACUCGGAACCUUUGCCAACAAAACGAACCGUAAGUUAUUAAAAAUAUUCUGGUACGAUUCCCAGAACGAGCAGCGGCGUCUAAACUUUUACAGUAAUUAUACAGUUGAUUUGUUUCCUUUUGACCUGAUGCUCCUUUUACACAAAUUAAUCUGUUUUUAACGACAACAAAGAAA